AGAUAAAUCGGUAAUUCUGGUCACUCUGCCUGCCUGGCUGUUUAUAUUUCACACAACUGUUAUCAAAUAUCGAAUACGCCGUACCUUCGCCCUCCUGAUGCGCCUCGUAGCAUUUCGUGGUUGUUUAGAUUGCCCUCUGCCCGUUUUGGUGUGGUGAAAUACACAAAACACCAUACCCCGCAUCGAGAUGGAACCGGCUCCAUUGUCCCUCGAAGCCAAACGGUUGCUGGUGAGGAAAACGAUCAUCCACGACCCGGCAGCGACCGAUCUGCGGCUGUCGCUGUUCAUUUCCGCGGCCAAAUCGUUCCGGUACGAUUCCUGCCUACAGCCCUUUCCGCCGGAUUUCAUCACAAACAAUGAGAAAAGCAUCGACCAGUUGUGUCGGGUACUGGAGACGAUUCCACCGGUUGCCGAUCUUCCGGCAGGGCUUGCCGCGCUCGACGAGCAGACGGUGGGACUGUUGCACUGGAUCCUCUGUCGACAGGCCCGUCCGGCGCUGCGAACCGUCCCGAAAGCCCAGCACGAUGAGGUGCUCGCCAAAUGUCCGUGCUACGCCAAAUACGCUCAACCGAGCCACAUCUUCGAGGUGGUGUACCGUGAAACCAACUCGAGCGAACGGGCGUUCCAGGACCAUGCGACCGAGUUCCGCACACGACACGCAUUUCACGGCAGUCGGCUGUUUAACUUCCACUCCAUCCUGCACUACGGGCUGCAGCAGCACCUGAACAAGGUGUCGUUGUUCGGGGAGGGCAUCUAUCUGUCGGCGGAACUGCAGGUGAGCCAGAUGUUCUCGCCGAACGGGUCGGGCUGGUCGAGGUCGACGCUCGGCACACAUCUGGCCUGCAUUGCGCUGUGCGAGUACGUGGACAAUCCAAAUUACGUGAAGAGUCAAGAAGAAACACAACAGUUGCCGGGAACGGGUGAAGGAACGACACCGCACGCCACGCCCUCCUCCGAUGGACCAUCCGCAAUCAUGAGCACAUCGUUCACCGGCAAUGGAAGCUUCCCAGAGCGUUACAUUUUAGUGAAAAACAACGAACUGGUGCAGGUGCGCUAUCUGCUUCUGUACGGAACCACCAAAGAAACCAACAACAAUAACAACAACACUGCCACAUCCGCCGGACCGCACGGAUCGACCGUCGAUCCACUGUACGCCCUGCCGGUCAGACCACCGUCGUACCAGAUGCGUCACCCACCGAGCCGCUUCAUCCAGUGGAUUGCCAACAAUAAGGGGUUCGUGCUGAUCGGCGGGUACGUGGGGCUGCUCCUGAUCGUUGGCUUCAUCAACAGCCGCAAUGCGCACUUCGUGAAGGAGAUGCUCCUGCAGAAGCUCAACCAUGUCUACAAUGCGGUGCUUGGGUAUCGCGGGAAGGACUAGUACAACAGCGUGUGCACUAAACCCAGCCAGUGUGUGUGUGUGUUGCCUUUCUACAAGAAGUGCCCUGCAAAUGUGCUGCCACCGCCAACGACCACCGCCAAAAAUGGGUAAUAUUGUGUGCUGUGGCGUGGCGUGUUCGAUGGCACGUGGCGUUCGGGGGCCGUCUUGUUUCCUAUCUGUGUUAGUUUCCUUACUUUCUUAUCCAGUGGGCGAGUGUAUUUCACGUAGAGUGUGUGAAUUUAAAGUAAAUUAGGUGAUAAAAAGCGUAUAGAUUUCCAUCUAUGUAAAGGCGAGGGAGACUUUUUGUGGGACGAUUGGGGUUUUUUGGGAGAAAAGCUAGUUUUUAAAAAUGCGAAUAAAAAAGCUCUACAUAAUACGAGUAA